AUGGAUAAGUCUAGAAAAUAUAAGAGUGGAGCUGAAAAGCGCAAAUUAAAAAAAAAUAAAGACGAACGCGAACUGCUUUCUAAAAUACCGAAACUAACAAGCCACUUCGCUAAUGCGACGACAACUGUAAACGAAGCAAAUUGUGACAAUCCUGAGUUUUGUGAAUCUACUUCUGAUACUUUUUCAAUUCCAUCAACGUCAAGAGAGGUUAAUUUCCACCAUGUUGACAGCACGAUCGAAGGUGUACAAAAUCCGGACGAUGUCGAAAGUUCGGUGAAUGUAUCAAAAAUUUAUGAAAAUUCCACCAAUGUGUUUUCAAAUGACCCUGGUUUGUGGCCUAUUCAAUUCAAUCAAUCAAUCGUUCAAACUUAUUGGAUUAAGAAGGGUAUGCUAUCGUUGGUAUUUCAAUAUAAGAGUAAAAAAAUUAACACAGAAUACUCUUAUUUAGGUCCCUCGUCGUGUCGCAAUAUUGAUUUGAUCGCAAAGAAAUCUGGACAAAGAAACUUUUCUGAAUAUCAUUUGCAUCGGGUUUUACCAAAUGGAACACAGACCGAACGUGAUUGGCUGAUCUAUUCGCCGUCAGUCGAUUCAGUAUUUUGUUUUGCUUGUCGCUUGUUCGGUAAUUUAGACGAAAAUGCAAGUUCAUUUGCUCUAAAAGGUUUCAAUGACUGGAAACUAUCAAAGCGUGGUAUUUCAAUUCAUGAACAAUCUCAUGAUCACAUGUCCAACAAUGUCAAAUACAAAAUGCGACUAAAAACCGAUUCUUCUAUAGAAAAAACAUUCGAAAAUUCACUUGUCAAUGACAUGACUUAUUGGAGGAAGGUUUUGAGUCGUGUUGUAGAGGUUAUCAAAUUCCUAAGCUCAAGGGGUCUUGCGUUACGUGGUCACGAUGAAAUUCUUGGGUCCAAACAUAAUGGAAACUUUCUUGGAUGUUUGGAGCUGUUAAGCAAAUUCGAUCCAUUUUUGGCAGAACAUAUCACACGUUUUGGCAAUAGAGGAAAAG